AGUUAUCAUCAGUCUGUCGCUCUGUUUUCUCUCUGCAAGCAGUCUGCUGCGUAUCGUGCUCCGUGUAGCUUGCGAAGCUUUAGUGAGAGUUCUUAGAAUCUUGCGGGCUUCUCUGCGUCGCCAACACUCCUUCGUACGUUCAGCAUGGCCCAAAUGGAGCGUGCCUCGGAGAUUAUUCUCCUCGCCGGCAAUUCGCACUUGGAUUUGGCGCAGAAGAUCGCGGAGCGCCUGGGGAUCAGGGUUGGAAACUGCACUGUCGUGCACUCGGCCAACAGAGUUGGCGACCACACAAACUGCGUGGAAACCCUUGUUGACAUUGGAGAGUCUGUACGCAGUAGGGAUGUCUACAUCAUUCAGACAGGAUCCAAGGACGUCAACAACAGCAUCAUGGAGCUGCUCAUCAUGGCCUACUGCUGCAAGACGUCCUGUGCUCGCAAGAUUGUCGGUGUCAUUCCGUACCUGCCGUACGGCAAGCAGAGCAAGAUGCGCAAGCGAGGAUGCAUCGUCUCCAAGCUGCUGGCACAGAUGCUCGUCAAGGCUGGUCUGACCCACAUCAUCACCAUGGAUCUUCACCAGAAGGAGGUGCAGGGUUUCUUCGACAUCCCCGUCGACAACCUGCGAGCCUCGCCGUUCCUACUGCAGUACAUCACCGAAUGUAUCCCAGACUACAGAAAUGCAGUCAUUGUUGCUAGGAAUCCGUCCACGGCAAACAAGGCCACAUCUUACGCGGAGCGCCUGAGAUUGGGCAUCGCAGUGAUCCACGGUGAGCAGAAGGAGUCGGAGUCGGACAUGGUGGACGGCCGCUACUCUCCUCCGACGGUACUCCUGCCAGGGCGCACCAUGGAGGCGGGCCUCGACAUCAUGCCCGUUCCUGCAGCAAAGGAGAAACCGCCAAUCUACGUGGUGGGUGACGUUGGUGGCCGCAUCGCCAUCAUGGUGGACGACAUGGUGGAUGAUGUUCAAUCCUUCGUGGUGGCUGCUGAAGUGUUGAAGGAACGCGGUGCCUAUAAGAUCUACGUGCUGGCCACCCAUGGACUCCUGUCCAGUGAUGCGCCGCAGCUCAUCGAAAACUCUCCAAUUGAUGAGGUGGUCGUGACCAACACGGUUCCGCACGAAGUGCAGAAGAUGCAGUGCCACAAGAUCAAGACGGUGGACAUCAGCGUGCUGCUGUCUGAGGCCAUCCGGCGCAUCCACCACAAAGAGUCCAUGUCAUACCUCUUCCGGAACGUCACGCUCGAAGACUGAGCACUCCUGUCCAGUUUCAUUUUAAAUGGCCAUAUACCAGAUGCACAAGAGUUGAGCACUCGUGUUUGGUGCAUUCCUAUGAUUAUCUUCCGGUCGAACAGAGGUACUGUUUGUGAAGCCGAGCUUCAACAAUGCCGGAAGCAGUUCUCCAGGCAGUGGCCAUGCUCUGGAGCUUUCAUGGCCUAUUUUUUUCGUUAGUUUUAUUUUUUGUCGUAACUACUAUGUUCAUAUUGCUAUAGGUGGUGCUUGUUUGAAGACUUGACUUCUGUAUUUUAAUUUUGUGUUCAGUUCUAAAAUGUGGGCACAAGUUUCAAUGUGGAGGCACUAGAUGUGGUGUGAUAUCACCGCUGUUUGUAGUAGCUGAAUCCUGCGUCGUGAAGAAUUCCGCAACUGUAUAACUUAGGUUCUCAUGAUGGGCUUCAUGUAGCCGAACUCGUUAUGUUUGUUUUGAACCACUACGGCAUCUAAGGUACUUGUUUCGGAAGUUGAAUCCGCGCACUGUCGCAGAUAUGUCAAUGUAUUACUGUUUUGAUUUACCGUUAACUCCAAGUUGUCAUUUCGCACCUUCUCAGGACUGUUUUAACUGGUGUAGUAACUUUAUUGUUGAGCUGCUGGGGCAACUGUGGGAAAAAUUUUGGCGAUGGCAAAUCAUCAAAGAUGGUGCCUUGCGUUGUUAAAAGCCUGAAGGACACCUAUGGGUGGUGGCACGGUUUGAAGGCAUUGGUAUUUUGAACCUUCUUUCUGCAAAAGAUUGUUUGACCGUGAGGUGUCAUUUGCAGACAUCUGAUUUUUAACAAAUACAUACUUCGGUGCCACUACUUCUUCUUCCUGUGAAACUUGCGUGUUAAAAACUGUAGUAUAAUGUCACCAUAAGGGAAGCGCUGUUUUGAGUUGUGAGGCCAAGUGUUUUGUUUUUUAUUAUGGCCUGUUUGAGUGCACACUCGACUUUUGUUAACUGAGAAUAGACGAGAAUGAUCGAAUUGUCUUGCAGGGAAGUUAAUUGAAAAGGCAGCAAUGUAGACUAAUAACAUCAACUCACUUGACGCUAUAUGCAUUGAUUGCAACACAUCCAGGACCUGAAAAAGCAGUCACAUCAUGUUGGUUGAAGCUGAAGACACGUAAAAAUGACUUGGAGCACCUUAAAUACACUCAAAGCUCAUUAUAAAAAUCUUGCAAAAAUACGAGUUUGUUAUAUCCUAAAAUUCGUUAUAAAGGUUUUUUCUUAACACUAUAAUCGUUGCAAGACUAUUUUUCAUUCAGUACAUUAUAAUCUAUGUUUCGUUAUUUCUGGGUUCAUUAUAUUGUUACGCACAAUCCAUAUGGUGUAAGAAUAACUAUUUAUUGGGGGCUAACUUGUGCCCGAAAGGUAAAGGAAAAUGUAGCAGCGUUUCUAACUGGCCAUCUGCAAAAGGAAUCAAUCUCUGAGAAGACCUCAAGCGGUGCACCACUUCUUUCUCGUCAAAAUCCCCUGCUGAGAAGGCGCACGCAGUCAUGGCCUUUUCUUGUCUUAUCAUCGGGCCGCUGGUCUCUUGGGGGGGCGCAAGAACUAGCGCGCAUAGUUUGAAUAAUGCGUCUGUCUUGUAUCAUUAUCGAGUUUUGAGUAUAUUACAAUUAUUGAUUUUAUCCAAAUAUCUAGUUCACUGUGCUUGAAAUAAUGAGUUUCCUGUGUUCCAGUUGAAGACUCCCAAAUCAUAAUGUUGUCUCAAGGCGUUUCGAUGCCAUGCUUUGUGCUUAGCAACGAGAUAAACGAAAUAUUGAGCAUUGGCAUUUUAGCAGUGUUGCCGCAUUUUGAUGCAUAGUAUUGAGUAGUGUUGCCCAGGUUUGUUUUAGUGUUGGCCGCGGAGCACCGAGGUUCGGCCUGCUUUGCAAGGUGCUAUCUACAAAGUAUUUUUUCUGUUGCCUAAGUUGUAUCUAAGGGCUGAAGUCCUUCCUGUUAACACGAUAUUUAGAUUUUUUAAGUUAUUUACUUCACCUGUUUAUAAUGAGUAUUUUUUUUAGAAUCUGGGCAGUGAAUGUGGUUCCAUAUAUAAUAAAAUCUAAAGUGCACCAAAUAUUUGAGAGUUCAAGGUGACAAAGCACGUGCAUUUUGGUGCCAGUUUUGUCAAAAAAACUGUGCAAUCGGUUUGAGUAAACAUGGCACGUAUUACUAUAAACGCAGAUAACUUUCAGAGUACAGCCAACAAAAGGAAGUUAUGUCAAAGAAGCUGUCCAAGUUGGAGCUGUUUCUGUGCUUCAGAAUCCUGUGUUUGAGACUAGAAUGAUGCAAUGCUGGUAUAUGUUUUUAUUAGUUUUGUUCAUGGUUUUAGUGUUGUCAUUUUCAGUAUUGAUACACAGCUGAAUGCAUGAAAAAUAGUUUUUUAGACAUGUUUUGUCCACCAUUUUGCCAGUCAUGUCCAAGCUUUUGUUUGGUGGUAUUGAAAGCACCUGUUUGAAGCGGGCAGCUGUCUUAUUGUGAAUAAAUGAAUUCUACUCUGUUAA